CGGAGAUGACAAGCUAAGAGAGUCAGUGAUUGUUUUCCGCAGUGCUGGCAAUCAGUUGACGUCCACCCCAGUCGCUUCUACUCCGUGUAGUACAACUGGCCAAAGGAACUGUUCUCGCUCUAUUGGCUGCACGUUUCCUUCACGGCAGACCUAGAAGCCAUAGACAGUCAGCAUAUUGUGGCCAGAUUCCAUGGCGGUCCUCAGGAGGCACGCCACUGGCCAGGCCAGAUUGGCAGGACCAGCUAGAGGAUGCGUUGGAGUGAUUCUGCUUGCUUUGGUCAUUCAGUCUCUUGCAAUCCGUACUGGUGAGGGCGAAUCUGUGUCCAAGACAGCUACGGCUCAGACUGCAGAAACAAAGAUUGACACCAGUAGCAGACAUCUCGGAGACAAUUACAAGACGUACGAUGACAAGAACUACGAUGAAAAGAAGAACGACAUGAAGAAGCAGGAUGAGAAGAAGUACGGCAAUGAGUUCGACAAUAAGUACGACAAUAAGCAUGACAAUACAUAUGACAAGAAGUUUGAUGACAAGAAGUACGAUGAGAAGAGGUACGACAAUAAGUAUGACAAUACAUAUGACAAGAAGUAUGAUGACAAGAAGAACGAUGAGAAGAAGUACGAUGAGGAGAAGUACGAUGAGAAGAAGAACGACAUGAAGAAGCAGGAUGAGAAGAAGUAUGACAACGAGUUCGACAAUAAGUACGACAAUAAGUAUGACAAUAAAUAUGACAAUAAGUAUGAUGACAAGAAGUAUAAUGAGAAGAAGUACAAUGAGAAGAAGUCCGACGAGAAGAAGUAUGAUGAGAAGAAGUAUGACAUGAAGCACGACGAGAAGUACAAAAAUGAUUACGAAUAUGACUAUGACGCUAACUUCGACUGUCAGAAGUACUUUGACGAUAACUACAAAUAUAUGUACGGCAAUGAGUACAGCAACAAGUACAACAAUGACUAUGAGAACUAUGGCGUGAAGUACGGCAAUAAGUAUGACAACUACGGCAUGUACGGCAACAAGUAUGACAACUAUGGCAUGAAGUACGGCAAUAAGUAUGGCAAUAAGUACGAAAGCAGGUAUAACUACAACAACAAGUACGACAAUAAGUACAACAACAAGUUCGACAACAAGUUCGGCAACAAGUUCGACAACAAGUUCGACAACAAGUAUGACAAUAAGUACGAGAACUACGACAUGAAGUAUGACAAUAAGUACGAGCCCUACGGCACGAAAUAUGACAAUAAGUAUGGCAAUAUGUAUGGCAAUAAGUAUGACAACAAGUACGACAACGAGUACAAGAACUACGGCAUGGAGUACAACAAGAAGUACAGCAACAAGUACAACAACUACGGCACGAAGUACGGCAAUGAGUAUGACAACAAGUACGACAACAAGUAUGACAACGAGUACAAGUACGCCAACAGGUACGACAAGAACUACGACAAUAAGUACGAGAACUAUGGCAUGAAGUACGACAAUAAGUACGGCAAUCAGUAUGACAAUAAGUACGACGAGAACUACGGCGCUAACUACGGCCAUAAUUUCGGCAAUUAUUAGGACAAUAAGCACGACAAUAAGCAUGAGAAUAAGUAAGAGAAGACGUAUGGCAAGAAGUACGGUGAGAAGUACGAUGAGAAAUACGACAAGAAGCAGUAGGAUCUAUAUGAUAACAAGAGGUGUGAAGGAAAGAAGUACUGCAACAAAUAUGCUGAGAUGAAUUAUGUUUAGAAGUUUAAAGUAUCAUGACAAUAAGUGCGAGGAUUCCAUGUGGUGAGACGGAUGACACGAAGAAGAAAAAUGAAUAUGGUGACAAGGAGUACAACAAGAAGUACGCAGCUCGACCCCCCGGUGCCCCCUACAAAGCCGCAGCGGUUGUGCGGUGACCCCCAAAACUAUAUUCAAAGUCCGGCCUUGGUACUGGCAAAAGUCUCAGAAGUCAGUAGGAGUACAUAGCCGAAGCUAUUUCACUCAGUUAAUCCCCGGGGGCAUCCUGGGCAAUCAAUGCUGGUGGAAACUUGACCUCACUUGAUCUCACUUGUAAUCAUUAUCUGUAAAGGGGACGCUGGACCCGGUUUCCAGCAGGUGUAGCUCCCCACCAAUAGAUGGAGCAGCCAGCAGGGCAUAUUAGGGUGGGCUGCUCAUAUCACCCCCCCUAGUAGGGACCACAGGCUUUUCACAAAAAAAAAAAAAAAAAAAAAAAAAAAAAAAAAAAAAAAAAAAAAAAAAAAAAAAAAAAAAAAAAAAAAAAAAAAAAAAAGAUGACAAGAAGUACAACAUGAAGUAUGAUGAGAACUUUCAGAGGAAGUAUGACGCACAUACCGACAUAAAGUGUGAUCAGAAGUAUGACAGGAAGUAUGGUGAGAAGUCCAAUAAGUACAAUGCGAAGUACGACGGCAACUCGAACAUAAAUACGAUGACAACAUUGAUAAGUACGAAAAAAAAAAAAAGCAGUAUGGCAAGUAUGCAUGAAGGAGUUCAACAAGAAAUACAAUGACAAGACUUACAGCAAGAAAUAUGAUGUUAAAAGUUAAAAGGGGUACAAGAAAAAGUACGAGAAGUGCAGUGGCAAGAAGAAACACGACCCACACACCCAGUCCGGCGAGAAGAAACACGACUAAACGAAGUAUGAUGAUGAGAACUAAGGGUGAGAUCCCACUGGCAAAAACUAUUGUAAUAAGUGUCUGAAUCUGGACGUGUUUGUGGAGAGGUGCAGAAAACUGGAUGAGAACUAAGGGCGAGAUCCCACUGGCAAAACGAUUGGAAUGAGUGUCCGAAUCUAGACGUUUUGUUUUGUUUUUUUUUGGGAACAUACUCCAAUUUNNNNUUUUUUUGAAACAAAUGCUCCAGUCUAUU